AGCGCCGCGUCGCUCAGGGUCUUCCGCGCGGCGCCCCUCGCCAAGACCAUUUGGGGCACAGCCGACCUCGGCAUCUCCGGCGCUUCGUCGCGCCAUCUCCGCGCACCGGCUGUCAAGUCUGUCGGGGGAGUGCCUCGUGGGGCAAGCGCCGUUCUUGAAAAUUCCCCAGGCGCUUAUCGGACUGGCGCGAGGACCCGCUGGACGUCGCGGCGCCGCUCUGCAUCGGAGAGUUCGCGCGCGUCUACCAGGGCAAGUCGGCGAUCGAGGAGGGGCAGAAGAGCGGUUUCGAGGACGCCCGGAGGGUGUCCCAGCUGGCUAGGCCUUGGGAAGCGGCGAAGCAGCCAGCGGCAGCGCUUGCCCUUGCACUGCGCACGCUGAUCUGGAUGUUAGAUUUAAACAAUGGCGCGGUCCACGACGACGCGGGCAGAAUCUGGCCCCUGACUAAGUUCUCGCCAGCCUUCUUCGGCCACCGGGUCAAUGCCGGGGCGCGAUGGGCUUUCGAUGUGGACGAGCAGGCUGGCCAUGCGUCGUCCACAGUCUGCAACGGGCCCGUGUUCUGGGCCCCGCUACUUGAGUUGUUAUGUCAGAAGAAUGUUCCAGUUUGUCAUGGUCAUCACAAAAGUUGCCCGCAAGCGAUGGCUGCCAACGUUUAUUUGAGUCAGGGGCGCAUGCAUCUUCAUGCGCAGGCGGUCCCAAGUGUGCGUCAGCUCUGCCAUGGGGUUGCGGGUGCCAGUUUCCACCGUCGAUUUGUGCGUCCAGCCCGUGAUGAUUGGAUGCUUGGCGAAGGGGUGAUUUAGAUGACUGCCCUUGGAGUUUCGGAGGGAUUCACUGGGACAUCGACGCUGUCGAUUGUGGGCUGGGGGUGUUCUGCCGCGGGCUACUUCCAGAUCCAGGUCGCAUCGUCGGCGGGCCAGUCAGGCUGGCCGAGGGCCCCUACAUGCAGCAUGCAGAGAGCCGGGUGGCCUCGCGAAAGGAUGCUCUCGCAGCAGGGCGAGCGCGCGUGCGAAGAUGGGGCGGGUCUCGAGAUUUUGCGGCCGUCGCCAAAAGUGGCCGGUUGGUCUGUUGUCAUCGGCGACUGCAGCGGCGAGGUGGUCUCAGCCCUGUUCGGCGUUGUGGCUCUCGCUGAAGGAUUAGAUCAUGUUGCCAGAGACGGAGGAGAUUUUCAGUUUCUCACGCCCCCGAGGAAUGCUGCAGCGGUUCCGGGUGUCACGGUCCACAUCGAUUGUUCGGGCGCUCUGGGGUGCGCGGGUCUGUUGGGCAAUUCGGCUUCGUCUUGGGCAUCGGAGCAGGGAGCGCGCUGGCGGGGCAAGAUCGGCGGCCGAUUCCAAGGUGUCAAGCUCGAGAAGGUGAGCUCUCAAAUGCCACACUAUGCGGUCUGACAGGGCCAAAUGUCCCAUCGAGAGUGGAGAGGAAAUCGGAAGGCCGAUCGGCUGGCGAAAGAGUGUGCGCAGCCUUUCCGAGCAGCAGAAGACGAGUUGUUCCUGCUUGGAGGUCUUCGCGAGAUUGCCCGACGCGUUGCGAGGCGCGGUGGAAUUCAGCAAGCUUCGCUUUCCCACGCCGGGUUCAGGGACCACGUGGGCUUCGAGAGGAUGAGUAAGAUCGAGUUGGUGCCCACCCUUGGCCUUUCUAUACCUGCUUGUUGUGAACGGGAGCCCCAAGAUCCCGAGGGGGUCGAGGUACCUUUGGAGACCGACCCCGGCGAGUUCGUUCUUGUGUCUUGGGAUUGAAACGGGCACCUCGACACGAAGGCCAUGGUGCUUGAAGAAGGGGUCCAGGUAGACUCCAUGAUCUUUUGUACGAUGCGCGGCAGUAGUGGUUCUUGUGGCUCCGUGCUGAACCCAGGUGCAAGUUGAAGUCACGCUGAUGUCUCCGCAGUGCCAGUGGAGGGCGAAAUCUAUCCAAGGUCGGGCGGGGGGCUCCACCCACUGACGUCGGCGGGGGUCUGAAUCUGUUCGGGAUCACCCAGUGGGCGCCCUUCCUGGAGGACUCGGUGGAGGGUAGGAGUGGCGGCCAGGCCCUCCUUUUCGCGCCCUUCGAAUUAAAAAAUUCGUUCCAGGGGCGGGGCCCCUUGGAUCAACCUCGAACGGGGUUUGGCCCUUUUUGGCUUCUCGGCAGACGAAGCGCGGACAUUGGGGACCCAGGCCCGCGAGGUGGCCCGCUCCCGUCCAGUGGAGGAGGAUGACACCUUCCCUGACGGGCCAUGACGGCCCAGCGUUCGUUUUUGGCGCUGCCCGACGCCCCCUUCGCGUCUAGGGCGCUUCCUUCAUGAGGUGGCAUUUUUUGCCGCCUAGCUUGCGAG